GAGCCAUGUCAACUAGCCGUCUGACCCUGCGUGUCGGCUGCUGCAGUGCACGUAAACGUGUAGGCAGUGGUUUGUGCACGACGUGGACGAAUAUUUAUCGUCGAAAUUAAUCGCAGCGAUUCAUGAAUUAACCUCAUGAUGAAAUCUGGACGUAGAUGCGCUAUUUUUAUCGCAGGACAGCGUCGAGUGGUGUUAGAGUGUGUUGUCAAGUUCAUUCAAAGCGGCAUUGAAUGAAAGGUCACUGUGCCCACUCCGUCUCUACUUCGAGCUUCCCGUAUGCGUUUGAAAUGGACUUGUGCGCCGUAUACGUCGUUGAAAUUAUACGCUUAUGGUCUAACGGAAGCUGACGGGAAACUUCAACUCGUUGAUCUUUUAUAAUACAAUGUAUAUUAGUCACAAAACAGGCAAUAUGAUAGCGAAAGCAGGAUCGUUCUCCCUCCAAGCCCUCAACUUGCGACAAAUCGCUCGAGUUUGGCGCGGUGGUAAGCAUUGCUUUGAGCCGGUGCGGUUGGUCACGAGCGUGAGAGAUGACACCGCUUCUGACGAUGUCCUGUCUAUCUAUUACGGGCUUCUCGGUCAGGGAGAGCUACUUCCCGAUGAAAAUCAGCUGAAAAUCGCCCAGCUGCUGAAGGAACUUCAAAUCAAAGUUGCAGGUUACACGCCGCACACUCCAGGCCUGUUUGAAAAGUGGCUCUUCAAGUCAAAGAAACCAGCCGAGAAGCCACAGGGGUUGUAUAUAUAUGGUGCAGUGGGUCGAGGCAAGACAAUGUUGAUGGACAUGUUCUACGAGUCCACAGCGAUGGAGAGCAAGCAGCGAGUGCAUUUCCAUUCAUUCAUGCUGGAUGUUCACAACCGCAUCCACAGCUGGAAGCAGGAGUCGGCACAGUCUGGCCAAGGUCGCAAGUCACCUCAGUAUGAUCCAAUUCCACCGGUUGCGGAAGCUAUCUGUGCCCGGGCUUGGCUGUUGUGCUUGGACGAAUUCCAAGUGACCGACAUUGGAGAUGCCAUGAUCCUCAAACGCCUGUUCAGUCACCUGUUCAACCUAGGUGCUGUGGUCGUAGCCACGUCAAACCGAAAACCUGACGAUCUGUACAAGAAUGGCUUGCAGCGCAGCAACUUCGUGCCUUUCAUUGACGUGUUGAAGAGAAACUGCAUGCCAGUUGCUCUCGAUUCUGGUGUUGACUACAGAAUACAGAAAGGUGCUACCAAGACCAGCUUCUAUUUCAUCAAGUCUGAGUGCAAUGCAGACGCGGAGCUGGACAAGCUGUUCAAGAUCCUGGCCAGUCAAGAGAAUGACAUCAUUCGAGCACGUGUGCUCACCAUCAAGGGACGCAACGUUGAGUUCCAGAAGACGUGUGGCCGCAUCUUGGAUGCUUCAUUCUCAGAGUUGUGCGACCGUGCGGUUGGUGCCGUUGAUUAUCUGGCGCUGAGCCAGAUAUUUCACACGAUACUGGUACGAGAUGUGCCCGUGCUGACCCUACGUGAGAAGACUCAGGCUCGCCGAUUCAUUACCCUCGUAGACACCCUGUACGACAACCGGGUCCGCCUAGUCCUGUCAGCUGAUGCUCCGGCGGACAAGCUCUUCCAGGCGGUCAAAAGCGAUGGAAGCCUGACUGACGAGAACCGUUCGCUCAUGGAUGACUUGCAAAUUAGUGAUAAGAAUGUGAGCAUCUUCAGCGGCGAAGAGGAGAUGUUCGCCUUCGAUCGGACCGUGUCGCGGCUCAACGAGAUGCAGAGCGAGAAUUACUGGGCACAGGCGAGCAAGGAUGUUUAUUAGGGUUAGUGGCCUCACUGCUGCUGGGUGCUGCGGGCAAUCUGCUCCUUGAGCACCAUGAUGCUCUGCCGCUGGUCCGGAGGCAACAACGCAAUCUGCUGGUCCGAAAGCUGCAGCACCUGCUCCCACGAAGAGAGAGAGAAAAGCCAUCACCAACUCUGUCUGUGAUGCACCUAUGGCACUGGAGCACUGCUGUCUUUCUGCGUUUAUUGCCCCAACCUAACACCUCAGAGGCCAGACCAAUGACUCUUCGUGUCUCAUAGCUACAAUGCCAGCCCCUGAUGCAACAAAUUUUUCUUGCAUACGCACCUAUAGUAGCGAAAUAAUCCUGACCAUUUGCUUUUAUUUUUCGCUUAAACCAAAACAUGCGGCCCUUAUUCUGUUCAGGGCAAUAGUAUAACAGUUGUUAUAUCUAAUCAAGAUGGAAAUUUGGUGUUUCCAAACACGCAGAGCAGUCUUUUGGCAGCAAUGCACUUGGAGUGCUUAAGUAAUGGUGAGCUUUUAGCCAAGCCAAAUGCCACAAAGGCCAGACAAAACAAUAUAAUGUCCCGGAGCUGUGAGAGUUUUGAUACUUAAUCGAGACACAAGAAAUAUAUGUUUAAUAAAUUCGAUAACUUGCAAAAUUGUUUUGUUAAGGCCCUGUUCGUUUACUUUACAGGCAAUUAUGUUCUGCAUACUCCAAUUAAAG